GUAGUAACGUUUUGACGUUAAAAUAUAACCUCAAAAUUGGGCCGUGCAUUGCAGUAUAAAAUGACAAAAUGCACGCAAAUUGCAUUAUAAUUGUAUGUAAUAAAUCUUGUGAACGACAGAGUAUGUCCGUGCAAAGAUUGUAAUCAAGCGUGUUUCAUUAAAAAAGUGUCACAAGUUUUAAAAGGUCUAAGAACCAUGGAAUUAAAUCACUCAUCUUCAGAUAAAGUUAAGAUAAAGGCGGAUAAGCAUUAUUCAUCCUCGUCAGUUGAAGAAAAGUCAAAAUCGAAAUCAAAGUCGAAGAAAAAGAAAACGAAGAAGGAGAAACGAGAGAAAAAGUCAAAGAAGAAGAAAAGAAAGCACAGAGAAUCGAGUUCUGAUACUUCGAGUGAUAGCGACGAUAAUCAGUGGGUCGAAAAAGUAAUCCAGCAACCUUCCAGUAAUUCACAACCAUCAAAAGCUUCGUUCCAAAAACCUCUCGAAAGAGAGGAGUGGAUGACUCUUCCCAGCAUAUUCCCAAUGAUUUCAGAUGAAAGGAAGAAGGGAAAAGAUUCAAAAUCGAAGAGGAGCGAGGAAGAAAAAUAUAUCUUGGAUAAUCUUGGCCAGACCGAAAGAGAAUUAAAUCCCCAUUGGAAAAAUGGAGGAACUGGUUUGCCUGAAAACCAAGAAGUAAGUAAACCUGCCACUCAAUCGAUGGACGUUAACUGGUUGAAAAAAAAGCUCCAAAGAAUGAAGGAAAAGUCCGAAGAAGAAGGAAUUCCUCUCGAGCAAGUUGCCGCCGAAACAUUCGGGUCUCUAGAUACUAUAUUAUCGAUGAUAAACAAAGCAGAAAAGAAUAGCAGCUUUCACAGUUCUAAGAGUCACCACGAUCGAAGAAACUAUGAUAAUUGGUCCAAAUCGCGAGAUUACAAUUCCAGGAGAGAAAAGCUUCGCGAUUGGGAAAUGGAAAGAAAGGAUAGACCAGCUUUCAAAAGACCAAGAGACGAUAAUUAUCCUUCUUCGUCUUCUUCCCGGCGAGAUUCAAAUACUCGGAAAAAUUGGCAGAAGCCUGAAGUGAGGGAAAAACUUAAUGAAAAAUCAGAAUCUAUCCAAGAAAUCCCACCUUCUCGCGAAGUAAGAGAUUCCGUGAGAGAAACUGCCAUGGAAACGAAGAAAUACGAGGAGGAUUAUGACAUUCCGACUGAAGAGGAAUUGAACAAACUAGGUGCCAAAAUUGUCAAGGCCGAAAUUAUGGGCAAUGACGAACUGGCUGCUGAACUGAAACUAAAACUGCAAAAAGCGAGAGACAUUCGCAAAUUGGAAUCGACUAAAGUAAACUCGCAAGAAGACAAAGUAAUACUUACCCAAACAGACGCUAAAGGUGUAACGAGACCCUUGGAGCCAAGAGCAGAAUCUUCUGGUUCAAGUAAAGAUCGAAGGAAGAAGAAAAUGAUGCCAACCCACUCUGGCGGAGAAAGAGUUCGAUACUUUGCAGAUGACGAUAAGUAUUCGUUGAGCGAAAUGUUCCAACACGAGAAAGGAAAAUCGUCGAAGGAGGAUGACGAAAUGUUUGUUAAACUGGCAUCAAAGAAUCAAGAUAUGGACGAACUCUUUGAACAGAGCAUUACCUACAAAGGUGCAGAUGCUAAACAAGAUGCCCGAGAUCGUGCACAAGCGAUUAAAGAGCAUCAAAGAAAAACAAAAAGCCUGGAUAAUUGUUUGUGGUGUUUCGAUUCGCAGAGAAUGCUCAAGCACAUGAUUAUUGCUGUUGGAUCAAACGUAUAUUUGAGUCUUCCGUCAUAUUCCUCUUUGACAGUUGGGCAUUGUAUUAUUUCUCCACUGCAUCACGUUCUCUGCCAAACGCAAUUAGACGAAGACGUUUUCGCAGAAGUUAAGCUCUUUAAGAAAACGCUGACAAAAAUGUUUGCGGCACAGGAAAAAAUUCCAAUAUUUUUUGAGGUUGCGACACACUUUAGUAGUUAUCCUCAUAUGCAAUUAAUUUGCAUACCACUAUCUUUGGACGAAGGAACGUUGGCACCAAUGUAUUUUAAGAAAGCUUUACUAGAGUGUGAAAUCGAGUGGUCCAAUAAUAAAAAGAUUGUGGAUCUGAAAGAAAAGGAUAUCCAGCGAGCAAUUCCAAAAGGCUUGCCAUACUUCGAGGUAGAUUUCGGCAAUCACACAGGAUUUGCCCACGUGAUUGAGAAUGAAAAACUAUUUCCCAAAAAUUUCGCUCAGGAAAUUAUUGGAGGAAUGCUGGAUGUUGAUUACAGUCUCUGGCGCAAACCAAAAAGAGAGACUUUUGAGGAGCAAUCUAAAAAAGUUAUGGAAUUCACAAAAAUGUGGAAGCCUUACGAUUUUACAGAAGGUCGUAAAUUAUCGUAGAUCAUAGGUUCAUAAACUGGGAAUAAUCUGUAAAUAUAGAAAAUGCAAGCAGGAAAUUCUGUACAGUAAAGUUUUUAUUAAACACUAUGAAAACCAGAAA